UUGCUUUCAUUAGUCACACAUUACUAUUUAUUAUAUACUUAGAUGCUUUUUUAUUUGUCUUCUUGUCUUGACUGUGAUGUGCAUCUGAGACAAACAGCAACCUACUGUAACCUGCAUCUCUGCAUGUAACUCAUUGACCUCAGGGUUUAACCAGCUGUGUUUGUGGGCUCCACACCGGAGUCCAAUGACAGCCACAGGGACUAGUGGACUAAAUCAAGGCCAUGUGUUUAUUGCUGAUGGAGAAAUCGCCCAAAGUCGAACGAGCCGUCGGACAAAAGAAUCCUGGAAAGCAGACGGAGGCGAACGACAAGAUCCACGAUGGGAAACUGCAGGCGAAGCAGGAUGAGGCAUUGACGGACCAGAAGGCGAUGGCAGGAGAAGCUCUGGACCGGAGGAACAUCUGGGAGCCCAGCGUCUACUACGCACUGGGGAAGGAGAGCUUCCACUUCGCCGGUCACGACAUCAGCAUACGCGAGUCUAUGGACACGUUCGGGGCUCUGAUCUGGCCCGGGGCAGUUGCCUUGUGCCAGUUCUUGGAGAACAAUCGGCAGCAGGUGAACCUGAUGGACAAAGCUGUGCUGGAAAUUGGAGCUGGGACUGGUUUACUCUCCAUAGUGGCGAGUCUGCUCGGGGCUUGGGUCACAGCUACGGACCUGCCGGACAUCUUGCCCAACCUGACCUUUAACCUCCUGCGGAACACCAAGGGCCGCUCCCGCUACACCCCUCAGGUCCGGCCGCUCGCGUGGGGCCGGGACCUGGGCCGAGACUUCCCGUGCUCGCUGUACCGCUACGACUACGUGCUCGCCGCCGACGUGGUCUACCACCACGAGUGCCUGGAGGAGCUGCUGGACACCAUGCGCCACUUCUGCCGGCCGGGCAGCCGCACGGCGCUGCUGUGGGCCAACAAGGUCCGCUUCCAGUCGGACCUGAGGUUCGCCGAGCGCUUCAGGGGCAGCUUCAACGCCACGCUGCUCGCGGAGCUCCCGCAGCAGGAGGUGAUCAUCUACCAGGCCACAGCAAAGUGAGCUGGGGGUUUGUGUGAACGCGACAUUCCUGCUCAAAAUAAGCUAUUUUACUGCCAAGGGCCUGUUCACACGUUGGAUGUUUGCCUUCGUAAUUGUUUCGUUGACCAAUGUAUUUUUUAGAAAGUAUUAAUACAUUUAAAUAAAUGUGUCACAACUUA